GAUUCUGGAGGGGGUAUUGGAUCACCGUUGUACUCGACCAACGUACAGACGUCUAUCCCGGUGAUCACUGUGAGCGACUCAGAGUUUGUUGGCAAUGCAGCGAAUGGGGGGGGAGGCAUCUCAGCAAAUGUGGCGCACAUUCGACGCUGCUCCUUCCAGAAUAAUCAGGCCGCACUGGAUGGUAAUAUACGAAGCGUAAUGUGA